UGUGUGUUUCAGCACCUGAUGUGUGCAGGCCUGUGGUGUUUGGUGGAAGGAGACAAGUCCUGUAAGACCAAGCUGGACCCUCCUCUGGACGGCACAGAGUGUGGAGCUGACAAGUGGUGCCGGGCAGGGGAGUGUGUAAGUAAAAGCCCUAUCCCACAGCAUGUGGAUGGGGACUGGAGCAUCUGGAGUCAGUGGAGCCAGUGCAGUAGAACCUGUGGCACCGGAGCCCAGUUCAGACAGAGGAAAUGUGACAACCCGCCGCCAGGUCCUGGUGGUAGUAACUGUCAGAAGGCCAGUGUGGAACAUAAAGUGUGUGAAGGUCCUCCCUGCCCUAAAGGAACACCCAGCUUCAGAGAGCUGCAGUGUCUCUCCCAUGACCGCCAGGCUGGCAGGAAGAAGAACAGCAUAUGGACUGCAGUCAAUAACGAUGAGAAGCCGUGUGCCCUGUUCUGUUCCCCUGUGGGGAGAGAUACCCCCAUCCUGGUGGCAGAGAGAGUGAUGGAUGGAACACCAUGUGGACCCUACGAGUCAGACCUGUGUGUCAAUGGCAGGUGUCAGAAAAUCGGCUGCGAUGGCAUCAUCGGCUCGUCAGCCAGGGAGGACCGCUGUGGGGUGUGUAACGGAGAUGGACACUCCUGUAAGAUAGUCAAGGGAGACUUCAACCAUACCAAGGGCAGGGGUUACAUCGAGGCUGCUGUCAUCCCCGUUGGUGCUAGGAGAAUCAAAGUUGUGGAGGACAAGCCCUCACACAGCUUUCUGGCAAUGAAAGACUCUACUAAGAGGUCCAUCAACAGCGACUGGAAGAUCGAGCUUCCUGGAGAGUUCCAGCUGGCCGGCACUACAGUGCGCUACGUCCGGAGAGGACUCUGGGAGAAAAUGUCCGCCAAGGGACCCACCAAGACCCUGCUGUAUCUCAUGGUGCUGUUGUUCCAUGACCAGACCUACGGGAUACACUAUGAGUACACAGUGUCUCUGAACGUGCUGUUGUUCCAUGACAAGACCUACGGGAUACACUGUGAGUACACAGUGUCUCUGAACGUGCUGCUGUUCCAUGACCAGACCUACGGGAUACACUAUGAGUACACAGUGUCUCUGAACGUGCUGUUGUUCCAUGACCAGACCUACGGGAUACAUUAUGAGUACACAGUGUCUCUGAACGUGCUGUUGUUCCAUGACCAGACCUACGGGAUACACUAUGAGUACACAGUGUCUCUGAACGUAACUGAACGUGAUGAUGUCAGUGAGGAGCAGAGAGCACCAGAGCACCUCUACCUUUGGACACACAGCUCCUGGCAAGACUGCAAUGUACAGUGUGGAGGAGGUAUGACUCACACACACUGA